AAUGGUAUGUGUUCAUUGUAAAUUAGGGAUUGUUGAAUAUCAUUCGAAAGAUCAAAAAGUCAGAAAAGGAAUUAAGAAUACUUGUCUUAGGAUUAGAUAAUGCGGGUAAAACUACUAUUCUAAAGGCUUUGUCUAAUGAGGACAUCAAUCAAAUUGCUCCCACACAUGGUUUUAAUAUCAAAAAUUUAUAACAUGAAGGAUUUAAACUUAAUGUUUGGGAUGUUGGAGGUUAAGAGGUAUGCUUUUUGUUGCAUAAUAGAAAUUACGUGAAUAUUGGAGUAAUUUCUAUGAAAAUACUGAUGCUUUAGUAUUUGUUAUAGAUUCAUCAGAUUAAAUGCGUUUGGAAGAGGGAGGCAAAGAAUUGGACAAAUUAUUAGGAGAGGCUGAAUUAAAGAAAGUGCCACUUUUGGUAUUUGCAAAUAAAUAAGAUUUGGUGCAAGCUCUUCCAGCAGAUGAGGUUAAUAUGCUUACUUAAUUCAGAUCUCUGAUAGUUUGAAAUUAAAUAAAAUUACAGAUAGAUAAUGGUCGAUUGUAGCAUGUUCAGCUAAAACCCAAGAAGGAUUACAAGAAGGAAUGGAAUGGCUUAUUAAGACAGUCUAAGAUAAAUGAAUAUUAAAUAAUAAAUAUUAUUAAUAUGAAAUCAUAGAUUGAAGUUUUAAUUCAUUUUAAGAAAUUCACAAACAUUGAUCUUUUUACCUAAGGAAUAUAUUAGAUAAGAGUCCAUAUAGUAAUAAUUCUAAUCAUCAUAAUUAGCCUGAAGCUUAACCUUAUUUGAUCUUUAAGUCUAUAAGACAAGACCCAUUUACAACCAAUGAAGUUGAUAAAAAUUUUGUAUUUUAUGAAGAGAACAUAGAAGACAAAUACUUUUAUUCAUAAGGAUUCUUGAUUAGAUAUGAAGAUGAACAAAUGUCAACUAAUAUUGGAUGCCUAUUUCGAUAAUAAGAAACUCAAAAUAUUGAAAUCGUUAUUGAAUUAUUAUUUCUUGAUAAAAAACUAUUAGGAGACAUAUAUGUGGAUGACUUAUAGUCUGUUGCCUUGUCACUUAGAUAAUAAAUGCAAAUAAUAUCAAAAGCCACAUUAACAGUGUCUAAUCCAUUAAUAUAUAAUUAAGCAUAUUAUCCUGUAGAGUUUGAUUCUGCCCAUUUUUCUUUAUUAGAAACUUAGAUACAUACAAUUCCAAUAUAGUUUUAAUUUACAAAAUAGUAAUUAAUUGACGAAUUUAAAACAUAAGAACAAUUUAAUGAAGUUAUUAAUAAAUCCAUUUAUUUGUUGUUGAAUAAUAGAGAAUAGUUAAUAAAAUAACUCAAUAAUUUAUAGAAUGAGAAGAAACUAAGACAAUUAUAAUAUUAAGAGAAAUAAUUAGAUUUCAAGGAUGAUGAUAAAGAAAAUUAAAUUAUACAAGUAUAUUCUUAUCCAUCAAUAGAGUCUACAUGAUCUUCAUCAUGAUAUGUAUAUAUUAUGGUGUGAACUAGUGGAUGCAAUAAAGGAGAACCCUCAAAAGUUAUAAGAUUAAUUGGAAUAAGAAUUUUUAUGUUAAAUGAUCUAAAGGUGGCAAAAUUGUGUACUUUUAAAUAAAUCUGAAGUUAAAUAAUUGGAUUAAGUUCAAUAAAAUGGAAGAAAUAAUCAUGAAAUAGCAAAGUUGAAGAGAAAUUAACUUUUUUCAUAAGAAAUAGAUGCUAUAAGAUAUAUAGAAUUGCUUCAACCUCUAACUACAAAUCCAUUUAUAUUCAAAUAAACUUGUGUUUAAAAUGGAUUUUACUAGAAGCCUUAAAAUUCUUAUGUUCAUUAUGUUGUUUUAGUUCAUGGAUAUUAAGGUACAUCAUAUGAUAUGAGAUAUUGGAAAUCCAUAUUGACAAUUAGAUUUAAAGAUAAAAUUAGAUUAAUUUGUCCAACAUGUAAUGAUGGCACUUCCAAUAAACCAAUUUAAGAAUAAGCUAAAUUACUUGCUGAAGAAAUUGAGAACUAUUUAAGUGAUGAAAAUAUAAAUGAAUAUAGAUUGUCAUUUAUUGGUCAUUCUCUUGGAGGACUUAUUAUAAGAGCUGCUCUUCCUUAAUUGAGAGAAUAUAAAGAAUUUAUGCACACUUAUGUUAGUCUUGGAUCACCUCAUUGUGGAUAUGCUUCAUCUGAAAGUGUUUUAGUUGAUACUGGUUUGAUGAUGAUCUAAAAAUGGAAUAAAUGUAAAACACUUGAAGAAUUAAGUUAAAGAGAUCAUAAAGAUGUUAAAAAUACUUAUAUAUAUAAUUUGAGUAAAGCAGAGGGAUUGAAUUGGUUCAAUAAUGUUGUUGUAAUGUCUUCAUUUCAAGAUCAUUAUGUACCUUUUCAUUCUGCUUUGAUAUAGAAAAUUGAGAAUGUUAAUGAUCAAAAAGUUUAGGCAUAUAAUGAAAUAGUUUCAAAUAUUUUAUCAAAAUGUGGUAAAAUAGAUAGAUUUGACAUAAAUUUCUAAAUAACUAAAAAGUAAUAAUAAUUAGUAUUAUUAUAGGAAAUUAGAUAAAUUUAUAGGAAGAGCAGCUCAUAUUGAAUUUAUCGAUAAUUUAACAUUAGUAAAAAUGUUUGUUUACUUGUACGAUGAAUAUUUUCAUUGA